AUGGCGCUCCCGUGGUGGCUCGCCACCAAGGCGUGCACCGCGCCGCCGCCGGGCCCCGGCUCCUUCGCCGACUUGCUGGCGUUCCUCUUCCUCUCCCCGUGCCCGCAGCGCUUGCUCCUCGCCGCCUGCCUCGUCCACCUCGCCCGACGCCGCCUUCGCAGGGGUCAGGGACACCCGGCGGCGCCCGCGGCUGCUCCUGCUCCCACUCCCGAACGCGAGGCGCUGCUGCAGAAGCCGAGCCAUCACCCUUCGCCGCCGCUCUCCCGCCGCCACGUGCUCGCGCUCGGGGCAUCCGCGGUCUUCGCGGCGGCGUCCGCCGUCCUCCUCGCCCUCGCGCACGGCGUGGCUGCCUGGACCGUCGUCGCCUCUUCGCGGAGAGCAGGAGCUGCUCCCCCGGAGGCGCAUCUCCGCGUGUUCUGGCUCGCCACUGCCCUCGGCGCCGCACUCUUCUCUGCCUCGCAGGUGGUCCGCGGCGCGGUCGGCUCGCUGCUCUUCCCCGAUGACAUUCUCGCCUUCGCUGGUCUGCUCGUCUCGCUGCCUCUGGCGUACAUAGCGGUCACUGGGUUCACCGGCCAUGGCACCCAGGCACAAGAAGAAGGUGAACCAGAGCACGCCGGCCCGGAGGAUCCUCCCUCCUCGCCGUACGCCGCCGCUUCGUGCCUCUCGCGCGCGACCUUCAGCUGGAUCAACUCCCUCAUCAACAAGGGCUACGCAGCAGAGUCGCUCAAAGCCGAAGACGUGCCCCCGGUCUCUGCCGGCCACCGCGCCGAGGCGGCGCACGCGCUGUUCAUGUCCAAUUGGCCGGCGUCGCCGGCGUCUCGGCACCCGGUGGGCGUGGCACUCUGGCUAUCUUUCUGGCCGCAUCUCGUGCUGGCUGCAUUUCUUGGCCUCGCGCGCCUGGGUGCCAUGUACGUCGGCCCGUCGCUCAUCGACCGCUUCGUCGAGUUCAUCCGCCGCGGCGGGACACCGUGGGAGGGCCUCUGGCUCGUUCUCAUCCUGCUCGCCGGAAAGGCCGUCCAGACGCUGGCCUCACACCAUUACAGCUUCCAGGGACAGCUUCUGGGCAUGCGCAUCCGCGGCGCUCUGCAGACGGCGCUGUACCGCAAGUCGCUGCGCCUCACCGCCGGUGCCCGCCGAGCGCACGGCGCUGGCUCCAUCGUCAACUACACGCAGGUCGACCCUGGGAUCGUGUCCUACGCCAUGCAUGGGCCACGGCGUGGGAGGACACCUUCGGCGGCAAGGUUUCGCGAGAUCCGGCGGGAGGAGCUCGGGUGUCUGGCCAAGAUCAUGCUCUUCAUGUGCGCCAACACGGUGGUGUUCUCGAGCGGUCCGCUCGCCAUGACGGAGCUCGUGUUCGGGACCUACCUCGCCUCCGGUGGGCAGCUCGACGCCGGCAAGGAGUUCACGGCCACGGCGUUCUUCGGCAUGCUGGAAGGCCCCAUACAGAACUUCCCGCAGACGAUUGUCAUGUCCAUGCAGGCGUUUGUGUCGCUGGAUAGGCUGAACAAAUUCCUGACGGAUGCCGAGAUCGACACUGCGGCCGUGGAACGCAUCGAGGGUGGCGGCACUGAGGACACAGUGGCCGUCAAGGUGCAAGGCGGGGUGUUCGCUUGGGAUGUGCCAGCGGACGAGGAGAUGAAGGGCAACAACAACAGGAGGCCCCACCAUGAUGUGGCAGAGAAUGGCCAAGGAAAUGGGGCGGAGUUGGUGACAGUGCUGAGGGGCAUUGACGUGGAGGUGAGGAGGGGUGAGAUUACGGCGGUGGUCGGGACAGUGGGCUCCGGCAAGUCGUCGCUGCUGUCCUGCAUCAUGGGGGAGAUGCACAAGCUCUCUGGCACGGAUUUGGAAAUGAUGGAGUUUGGUGACCAGACUGAAAUAGGAGAGCGAGGGAUCAAUCUCAGUGGAGGCCAGAAACAGCGCAUCCAGCUUGCGAGAGCAGUUUAUCAAGACUGUGAUAUAUAUCUUCUCGAUGACAUAUUUAGUGCAGUUGAUGCUCAUACUGGAUCAGCUAUUUUCAUGGAAUGUCUGAAGGGCAUACUCAAGAAUAAGACCGUGUUGCUUGUGACUCACCAAGUGGACUUCUUGCAAAACGUGGAUACUAUAAUAGUAAGCUUAAUGUUGGAGUAUGAUAGUAUGGCUCGCCCUGAGGUCCAUGUAUGA